AUGCGUAAGCUUCUGCUUCCACUUACAAUGUUUACUUCACGUUUCCCCUUCGUUUUUGAUGUAUUGAUUUCACGUUUUAUAUUCAUUAACAGGAAGAGGAUUAUAGGGCAAAGUCACAUCGAAGGCUUCUACGUUGACGUCGUUAGAACACAUGGAUUUGCUAAAGGUUUGUCUCGAGCUUGCCUUGCGAAAAUGAGUCCUGUUGGAGAUGAGAGGGAGAUCGGGAAAGAUGUAUCCGGCAACAACAGUGGUAAUGGGUGGGUGUGCGUUGUGUUGGCAGCCAAAGAGAACACAAUGGUGGGUGCUGGCGGCGACUCUUGGUGGUUCCCGGUGGCAAUGGGUGGUCGAGGGUGA